AGAAUCUCACUUAACCAGAGUACGCAACCACCUCUGCAACUCUCCAUAAUCAACUGACAAAUAUGAUUCUCACAUAACCUCAAAAUGUCCUGAGUUCUUCUUAACAAAAUAGAAAUACUAAAAUGAAUACCACUAAUCAGAGCGAGCCCAAUGUUCAAGAUCACCGUACUUUUCCUGGUCCAAAUAAUCGCCAAUAUAAAUUUUCUCCAGAGGAACUUCGAGUUAUCAAGGAAUGCAAUCAAGAAAGUUUUUAUCAGAGAUGCCUACCUUUGGGCGGUAUCUUCAGCGCAACAGCAUAUUUUGGAGUCAAAGCAGGAUAUUUUAAAGCACAUCCAAGAUUUGGGCCCACACCCAAGGUGUUAGUUGGAGUUAUUUUAGGAUACUUUAUUGGCAAGUUCUCUUACCAAAGAAAAUGUGCGGAAAAGCUCAUGCAAUUGCCCAACAGCCGAGUUGGAGAAAUGCUAAGAUUGCGACGAAGUGGACAAAUAAAUGAAACUAUAGAUGGCUCAUUUGGUGCAGGAAUGUCCUUAGCCCCGUUUCCGGGUAUUGCACAAAAAGACUCUUACUCUGAUAUUAAUCCUAGCAGUAAUUUGGACAUAGACACUUCGAGACCUUACCAUGAGGGACUUGAUGAUUCACAAAGACCUUCAUUAGACAAUCCAAUAUAUGAAGAAGAAUUACCACCAGUAAUUUCUAACCAAAAAACAUCAUAUGAAGAACUUAGGCGAAAAAACCGUGACGAAUAUUUACAAAAAAGAACAGGCACUUACAUAGAACCUGCCAGAACACCAUCACAAGUGCAUCCACCUCUUUCAAAGGCGUCAACUUCAGAUGCAGAAACUUCUUUCAAAGUUAAAAACAAGUAUGGUGAUGAAAUGGAGUGAUUUAUUUGUGAUGACUGUAGAUAUUGUUAUGUAUUAACUAUGUUUAAAACUGCUUUGUAUGUAAACAUUCAAGAAAUAAACUAGUGAAUAAUCA